AUGAGUAGUCUAGCUGACCGGUGUUGUGCCUGCCUCCUCUCUGCUCUAUGUGUCCUUAGAUUAGGAGGAGGUGUGGUCUCCACCUCCUUCUCAUUACAAAUGGGCGGCAAUUGCUUCCAAACUUCACCUGGAGCCUCCUGGCCAACUUGCUGCAGCUCGCCUCCCUCAGCCUCAGCCUGUCACUUAUCUGAUCAACCCAGUUGAGGCUGCUCCAUCAGACUAGCAUUCUCUGAGCCCCAAUUGUGACCAAUAUUUGGCUCCAUGCUUUUCUCUGCACUUAAACUCACCCUCCUCUAUCUCGCAUCUGAAGAUGGGUUCAGGAGCGAAUCCAUGACACUUAGUCUUAACCUAGGCCUUUUCUCUCAUAGCACCCACCCUAUGAAACUUUCUCCUUCCAGAGAUUAGUAUGACCCUGACUCUGCUGGCCUUUCUCAAGGCCUAGAGCCCUAUAUGAAGGAUCCAUUUCCUAGUUGUGAAAGUGGCUGUUGACUGAUACAUGAUGGAAAUAAAGGUUGUGUAAAAAGAAAUAGAAUGCUCAGUGAAUAGUUCAACAUUAAACAGGAAGUAAACAUUGGAGCAUUCAUGUAAUAUUUAGCAUAUUCUGCAUCAGAACAAUAACCUUCCCCUGCAGAAAAAGGCCACAUGUCCAUGAGACAGCAGCAGCUGUAGCAUGCAUGCAAUAGGUCCCCACGUUUUAGUCAUUGGAAUUUAUUACUUCAUUCAUCAUAUUUAUCUAACUGGCUGUCUCACAAAAAAUGACCCUGGACACUGUAGAAUAAAGUGAUAAAAUAGUAAUAGAAAACAGUUAUCAAAUUCAGAGAAUGAAAAAUUAUGGUGAAAAGGCAAAGUGAGGGCAGCAAAUAUUAAAUGAAGGGGAGCCAGCUCAGCAACUCACCAGUCCCUUGUGGGCCCCAGGCCUGAUUUUGAGAGACUUUCAGAAAAGAUGUUUCAUAAGCAAGUGCCAUAGCAGAAAAGACCCAUCUUUGGGAACUUAUCAAAUGUAGCAUUUUGGCAGACAGGAUUUAUAGCAUACUUGGUUAGUGUAUAGACUAAGAGAAGCAAUUGUGGGAUUGCUACAACAUAUAGCCAAUUUAAAUUCAACUGAUAUAUAUUUUGUACCUUUGAGUCAAUGUUGAUGCUGGUAAUUCCCAAAAAUAAGUUGUCGGGGAGAGUGCUGCCCAUUAUUUAUCUGAUGGUUAUCUGAUGGCUAAUCAUUAAAGUCCAGUGUGUAAAAAAAAAAGUAAAAUGUAACCAGAUGCUUAUUUUUUUCAGGACCCCCUCCAGUCAUCAACCAGUCCUACCCAGCUUUUGAUGGUGUAGUCAUUUUAAUUCCCAAUCUUCAUUCAUUUCAAUCACUGGAGUCAGAUGACAAUGGGGAAAAGAGGCCAACGGGACAAAGUGUCACCUCAUCUAUGUUUUGCUAUAAGAAUAAGAUGGAAUAGCUAGAAUAAAAUGGAAUAAGAUCCCGUUCUGUACUUAAUGGCAUUGGCUCUUAAGGGAAUUACCUAUGAACAAGCAUCCAUAAAUCUUAUAAAGGAUGGAGGGCAGCAGAUGACUUCAGACUUUCAAGCAGUGAAUCCAAUGCAGCAAGUCCCUGCCAUCAAAAUCGAUGGCAUCAUUCUCUCCCAGUCUCUAGCCAUCAUAGAGUAUUUGGAGGACACCCGACCACUCCCGAGGCUCCUUCCUCAAGAUCCAAAGAAGAGAGCUAUGGUUCGGAUGAUCUCAAAUCAUGUUGCUUCUGGAAUUCAACCACUGCAGAAUCUGGCUGUCCUGCAACAGAUGGGAGAGAAAAAGCAAGAUUGGGCCCAACGUAUCAUUUCUCAAGGCUUCAAAGCUUUGGAGCAGAUCCUGCAAGAAACAGCUGGCUGCUACUGUGUUGGGGAUGAGGUGACCAUGGCAGACCUUUGCUUGGUCCCCCAAGUAUACAAUGCUGAGAGAUUUAAAAUGGAUCUGACUCCAUACCCCACAAUAAGCAGAAUCAACAGAGCUCUCCUAGAAUUGGAAGCAUUUCAAAGCAGCCAUCCUUCGCGGCAGCCAGAUACACCUCCAGAACUAAGAUCCUGAAGUUCUUCAACUGCUUGUUUUACUGUGAGGGAAAUUGAUCCAAAAUUAAAUGGGACUCUCCUUUUUAAGAUUUUCUGGAAAAAAAACUUGAGGGUUUCAUGAGGAAGAGUUUGGCAAAUCUAAGACUAAAAAGAAAAAAAGACACUGCAAUUGUAGAGUACAUAGCUGGAGUAAAAUACAUUUUUGAUCAUGUGUGACAGUUGUAAUGCAAUC